ACACUGGGGUGCAGUAGCGGAUUUAGAAUUUUCACUUUCUUCUAUAGGUUGUAUUACUACCAAGAAGUUGGGAACAAUGAUGAGAUCACUUGGUCAGAAUGUCACUGAAGCUAAACUACAGGAUAAGAUCAGUGAAGUUGAUGUUGAUCAAAAUGGAAUCAUUGAUUUUCUAGAGUUCUUGAAUCUGAUGGAACGUAAGAUGAUGGACACCGAUUUUGAGGAGGAACUCAAAGAAGCUUUCAAGAUUUUCGACAAAGAUCAGAAUGACUUUUUUUCUACAGUUGAGCUUCGUCAUGUAAUGACUAACGUGGGAAAGAAGCUGACUGAUGAAGAGGUAGAAGAGAUGAUCCGAGAGGUAGAUAUUUUUGGUGAUGGGCAAGUUAAUCACAAGAAGUUUGUCUGUAUGAUACUUGCCAAGUGA